AUGAUUCUUUAUUCACCGGAGAAGAAAGGUAGUCUAGCAUCUUCCGCUUUGCCUCCUGUUUCGAUUCCCAAACAACUCCCUCGUCAUUUUCUGCUUCAUCCAUCUAGUUACAGUAGCAGCAGCAACAUAACAAAGGUGGUCGAUGGUGGUGACCAAGAGCAGCUCUACGGUGGUAGGAGGCUGCCUGGCAGCCUAUCGGCUACUUCCUUUUUGCUUAUGUCUACAAUGAUCGUCGGAGGGGAAAAGGGAAGAGCACACCGUGCGUGUCGUAUAAAUAUCCAAUCAUCGCUCAUACAAAAGUUAUACUUUCCGAUCUCGCCACCGCCCACCGCUCAAGAAUUUGAAUUCCGAAUACGGGUUUUAUCUAGCGUGGUAUAUAUCGUUGAAUGGGGGUUCAAGGCGUGGUUUCUACAUCUGUUUAUCGAUUUACAAGGGUUUGUGGAAUUGGAAGUGUAUGAAUACAGAGCCAACUCUAGCCUUGUGUUGACAACGGAUUCUCGGUCUCCACAAGAUACGCAUGAGCCAACUGGGGAGCCUGAGUCUUUGUAUGGGAAGAUAGAUCCCAAGAGUUUUGGUGACCGUGCUUACAGAGGGAGACCUGCAGAGUUGGAUGAGACAAUCACCAAGUCCAAGAAGAAGAAGGAACGUGAACCAUCAUCACUUGCUUCUGCUGAAGCUGGGAAUAACAGACAGAGCAAGAGGCGGCGUCUUCAAGAAGAGAGUGUCCUUACAUCAACAGAGGAAGGGGUUUAUCAGCCAAAGACGAAAGAAACUCGAGCUGCAUAUGAGGCAAUUCUUAGUGUCAUACAGACCCAAUUGGGUGGUCAGCCUUUGAAUAUUGUCAGUGGUGCUGCAGAUGAGAUAUUGGCUGUGCUGAAGAAUGAUACUUUGAAGAACCCGGACAAGAAGAAGGAUAUUGAGAAAUUGCUAAACCCUAUACCGAGCCAGGUGUUUGACCAGUUAGUCUCUAUUGGGAGGCUUAUAACAGAUUUUCAAGAUGCAGGCGGUGAUGCUGCUGGUUCUAAUGCUGCAAAUGGUGAAGAUGCUCUUGAUGAUGAUGUUGGUGUAGCUGUUGAAUUUGAAGAGAAUGAAGAGGAUGAUGAAGAGAAUGAUCUUGAUAUUGUACAGGAAGAUGACGACAAGGAAGAAGAUGAUGUUUUGGACAGAGAUGGGAACAAUGCUAUGCAAAUGGGUGGGGGUAUGGAUGAUGACGACUCACAAGAUGCUAAUGAGGGUAUGACACUUAAUGUACAGGACAUUGAUGCUUAUUGGCUUCAGAGGAAGAUCUCCCAGGCUUAUGAGCAGCAGAUUGAUCCACAGCAAAGCCAGAAGCUUGCUGAAGAGGUACUGAAGAUUCUUGAAGAAGGUGAUGACCGUGAAGUCGAAACGAAGCUAUUGGUGCAUCUUCAGUUUGAUAAGUUCAGUCAGAUAAAGUACCUUUUGAGGAACAGACUGAAGAUUGUGUGGUGUAGCCGUCUUGCAAGGGCUGAAGAUCAAGAACAAAGGAAGCAAAUUGAAGAACAAAUGAUGGGACUGGGGCCUGAUUUGGCUGCAAUAUUGGAACAACUGCAUGCCACAAGGGCAACAGCAAAAGAGAGGCAGAAGAACUUGGAGAAAAGCAUAAGAGAAGAAGCAAGGCGGUUGAAGGAUGAGAGUGGUGGUGGAAACGGGGAUCGUGGUCGAAGGGAUGUUGUUGACAGGGAUCCUGAGAACGGUUGGUUAAAUGGUCAAAGACAGUUGCUUGAUCUUGAGAGCAUUGCGUUUCAGGAAGGUGGACUUUUGAUGGCAAAUAAGAAGUGUGAGCUUCCUUUAGGCUCUUACAGAAAUCACAGCAAGGGGUACGAAGAGGUUCAUGUGCCAGCAUUGAAGCCCAAACCACUUGCUCCUGAUGAGAAGCUUGUAAAGAUCUCAACCAUGCCAAGCUGGGCACAACCAGCUUUUGAGGGGAUGAAUCAGUUAAAUAGGGUUCAGAGUAAAGUUUAUGAGACUGCUCUGUUCAAAGCAGACAAUCUUUUGCUCUGUGCCCCCACUGGAGCAGGGAAGACCAAUGUUGCUAUGCUCACGAUUCUGCAGCAGAUAGGUUUACAUAUGAAUGAGGAUGGUACGUUCAACCGCAGUGACUACAAGAUUGUCUAUGUGGCACCAAUGAAAGCCCUUGUUGCUGAAAUCGUUGGUAAUCUAUCUAAUCGUUUAGAGCCGCACUAUGGCAUCAUUGUGAAGGAGUUGAGUGGAGAUCAAUCUUUGACCUGUCAACAGAUUGAGGAAACACAAAUCAUUGUCACCACACCAGAAAAGUGGGAUAUUAUAACAAGAAAAUCAGAAGGCCGCACUUAUACUCAUCUUGUGAAACUUCUAAUUAUUGAUGAAAUUCAUCUUCUGCAUGAUAACAGAGGACCUGUUCUGGAGAGUAUUGUGGCAAGAACUGUUAGACAAAUUGAGACCACAAAGGAACAUAUUCGGUUGGUUGGGCUAUCUGCAACACUUCCCAAUUAUGAUGAUGUUGCAUUAUUUAUGCGAGUUGACUUGGAGAAAGGCCUGUUUCAUUUUGACAAUAGUUACAGACCUUGCCCACUUGCUCAACAGUAUAUUGGAAUCACAGUAAAAAAGCCAUUGCAGAGAUUUCAGUUGAUGAAUGAUAUUUGUUAUAAAAAGGUGAUUGGAGUGGCUGGAAAGCAUCAGGUGCUUAUAUUUGUGCAUUCAAGGAAAGAGACAACAAAGACUGCACGUGCAAUUAGAGACACUGCUCUUGCCAAUGACACCCUGGGGAUCUUUUUGAAAGAGGAUAGUGCAAGUCGUGAGAUACUGCGUGAUCAUACUGAGCUGGUGAAAAGCAAUGAUCUGAAGGAUCUAUUGCCCUAUGGUCUUGCAAUUCAUACUGCAGGAAUGGCCAGGGCUGAUCGUGAUCUUGUUGAGGUAUUAUUUGCUCAUGGGCACAUUCAAGUACUGGUUUCAACAGCUACUCUUGCAUGGGGCGUGAACUUGCCUGCCCACACUGUGAUUAUUAAAGGAACCCAGAUUUAUAACCCAGAAAAAGGAGCCUGGGCAGAGCUUAGUCCUCUGGAUGUGAUGCAGAUGUUGGGUCGUGCAGGGAGACCACAGUUUGAUACUUAUGGUGAAGGUAUUGUUAUUACUGGACACAGUGAGAUGCAAUACUAUCUUUCACUGAUGAAUCAACAGCUUCCUAUUGAAAGUCAGUUUGUAGCCAAGUUGGCUGAUCAGUUGAAUGCAGAAAUAGUCCUUGGAACCGUGCAGAAUGCAAAAGAAGCCCUCAAUUGGCUUCGCCAUACUUAUUUAUAUGUUCGCAUGAUGGGCAACCCUACACUCUAUGGUUUAUCAGCAGAUGCUCUGACAAGAGAUCCUUUACUUCUGGAUAGGAGAUCUGAUCUGGUUCAUUCUGCUGCCACAAUACUGGAUAAAAACAAUCUGGUGAAGUAUGAUAGAAAAAGUGGAUAUUUUCUGGCUACUGAUUUGGGUCGAAUUGCAAGUUAUUAUUACAUAACUCAUGGAACUGUUGCCACUUACAAUGAGUAUUUGAAGCCUACCAUGAGUGACAUUGAGCUUUGUAGAUUGUUUUCACUAAGCGAGGAGUUUAAAUACGUAAUAGUAAGACAGGAUGAGAAAAUGGAACUUGCAAAGCUUUUGGACCGUGUUCCUAAUCCUAUCAAGGAAAGUUUAGAAGAGCCCAGUGCAAAGAUCAAUGUCUUACUCCAGGCUUAUAUUUCUCAGUUAAAGCUUGAAGGACUUUCUUUGACAUCUGACAUGGUGUUCAUAACUCAGAGCGCAGGACGUCUUAUGCGUGCUCUUUUUGAGAUUGUAUUGAAAAGAGGGUGGGCCCAGUUAGCUGAGAAAGCCUUGAACUUGUGCAAAAUGAUUAACAAGAGGAUCUGGAGCGUACAAACCCCUCUACGCCAAUUUCACGAGAUUAAAAGUGACAUUCUGAUGAAACUGGAGAAGAAGGAUCUGGCAUGGGAAAGAUAUUAUGAUCUGUCAUCACAGGAGCUGGGAGAGCUUGUUCGAGCCCCUAAAUUGGGGAGAAAUCUUCACAAGUGCAUUCACCAAUUCCCAAAACUUAAUCUUGCAGCACAUGUUCAACCAAUCACCCGCACCAUCUUGAGGGUGGAACUCACUAUCACUCCAGAUUUUCAGUGGGAAGACAGGAUUCAUGGGUAUGUUGAGCCGUUUUGGGUGAUUGUAGAAGAUAAUGAUGGGGAAUACAUACUCCAUAACGAGUAUUUCUUGUUGAAGAAACAAUACAUUGAUGAGGAUCACACCUUGAGUUUCACAGUCCCGAUUUAUGAACCUUUGCCACCUCAGUACUUCAUUAAGGUUGUCUCGGACAGAUGGCUUGGAUCCCUGUCUGUUUUGCCCGUUUCUUUCCGCCAUCUAAUCUUACCGGAAAAGUACCCUCCACCAACAGAGCUGCUAGACUUGCAUCCACUCCCUGUGACUGCUUUGAGAAAUCCAUUAUACGAAGCACUUUAUCAAGAAUUUAAACACUUUAACCCUGUCCAAACUCAAGUCUUCACAGUACUUUACAACACUGAUGAUAAUGUGCUAGUUGCUGCGCCAACUGGCAGCGGGAAGACCAUAUGUGCAGAGUUUGCAGUUUUAAGGAACCAUCAGAAAGUUUCAGAGGGUGUCAUGCGUGCUGUUUACAUUGCUCCUGUCGAAGCACUUGCCAAGGAGCGUUAUAACGAAUGGAAAAAGAAAUUCGGAGAUGGACUUGGGCUGAGGGUGUGUGAGUUGACUGGGGAAACAGCCACAGAUUUGAAGCUUCUUGAAAAAGGGCAGGUGAUAAUCAGCACUCCUGAUAGAUGGGAUGCUUUGUCUCGUAGAUGGAAGCAGCGAAAGCAUAUUCAGCAAGUAAGUCUUUUUAUUGUUGAUGAGUUGCAUUUGAUUGGGGGUCAAGAUGGGCAAGUGUUGGAGGUGAUUGUCUCUAGGAUGAGAUACAUUGCUAGUCAGGGUCAUAACAUUCGGAUAGUGGCACUAUCCACUUCACUUGCUAAUGCCAAAGAUUUAGGGGAAUGGAUUGGGGCCACAUCACAUGGUCUUUUCAAUUUCCCACCAGGUAUUAGGCCUGUACCUUUGGAAAUCCAUAUUCAAGGGAUAGACAUAGCUAAUUUUGAAGCCAGAAUGCAAGCCAUGAGCAAACCUACCUACACUGCUAUUGUCCAACAUGCCAAGAAUGGAAAACCAGCCAUCGUCUUUGUUCCCACAAGGAAACACGUUCGGUUAACAGCUGUGGAUCUGGUGACAUACUCGAGUGCUGAAAGUACAUUCAAAAAUGGAGAGAAGCCUUUGUUCUUACUUCAAUCUGAAAAUGAGAUAAGCCCAUUUAUCGAGAGAAUUAAAGAACCCAUGUUGAAGGAAACUCUGGUAUAUGGUGUUGGAUAUCUGCAUGAGGGUCUAACAACAACUGACCAAGAUAUAGUCAGGACACUGUUUGAAACUGGUUGUAUUCAGGUAUGUGUGAUGAGUGGUACCAUGUGUUGGGGGGUUUCUCUUCGUGCACAUUUGGUGGUUGUUAUGGGAACGCAGUACUAUGAUGGAAGGGAAAACGCACACACUGAUUAUCCAGUUACGGAUCUUCUUCAGAUGAUGGGCCAUGCAAGUCGGCCUCUUGUGGAUAAUUCUGGAAAAUGUGUCAUCUUUUGUCAUGCACCACGUAAGGAAUACUACAAGAAGUUCUUAUUUGAAGCAUUCCCAGUUGAAAGCCAUCUGCAUCACCACCUACAUGAUAACUUGAAUGCUGAGGUGGUUGUUGAAGUGAUUGCCAACAAGCAAGAUGCUGUUGAUUAUCUGACCUGGACAUUCAUGUACAGGAGGCUAACACAGAACCCAAAUUACUACAAUCUUCAAGGUGUGAGUCAAAGGCAUCUCUCGGAUCACCUGUCUGAGCUUGUGGAGAACACUUUAAGCGAUUUGGAAGCUAGCGAUUGUGUUACAAUAGAUGGUGUUUUUUAUCUUUCCCCUAACAAUCCAGAGUAUGAACAACUUCCGGUACGCCCUGGAGAAGAGGAAUUGAUACGCAGGUUGAUCCAUCAUCAGAGGUUUUCUUUUGAGAACCCGAAAUACGCGGACCCACACGUGAAGGCGAAUGCACUGCUUCAAGCUCACUUUGCUAGACAAACGGUUGGUGGGAAUCUGGGUUCUGACCAGCAAGAAGUGGUGCUAUCUGCAAGCAGGUUGCUUCAGGCCAUGGUUGAUGUUAUUUCAAGCAACGGAUGGCUUAGCUUGGCUCUUCUGGCCAUGGAAGUGAGCCAGAUGGUGACACAAGGCAUGUGGGAGAGAGACUCUGUUCUGUUACAGCUGCCUCAUUUUACAAAAGAUCUCGCCAAGAGAUGCCAAGAAAACCCUGGAAGGAGCAUCGAGACUGUGUUUGACUUGGUGGAAAUGGAGGACGAUGAGAGAAGGGAGCUCUUACAGAUGUCGGAUCCUCAGCUCAUGGAUAUCGCAAAGUUCUGCAACCGUUUUCCUAAUAUUGAUUUGUCGUAUGAUGUGGUGGAUGGUGACAACAUUAGGGCUGGAGAGGAGUUCACUAUGGUGGUGACUCUUGAAAGGGAUUUGGAGGGUAGGACCGAGGUGGGACCGGUGGAUGCCCCGAGGUAUCCGAAAGGGAAAGAGGAGGGGUGGUGGUUGGUGGUUGGUGACACAAAGAGCAACCAGUUGCUUGCAAUCAAGAGGGUUUCGUUGCAGAGGAAGGCCAAGGUGAAGCUUGAUAACAUCACUGCCCCGAGUGAUGCUUUAGGGAAGAAGAGCUUUACUCUGUAUUUCAUGUGCGACUCUUACAUGGGAUGCGAUCAGGAGUAUACCUUUUCUGUUGAUGUCAAAGCAGGAAGAGGUUCAGAUGAUUGA